AUGGCUCUUCCUUGGGUGGUGGAGCUCAAGAAGAUUUUGAAUGACAAUGAGAUGGGCAUCAACCAAAAGGCUGCAAAAGCCUUGGCAGGGUCGCAGCAAGCAGGACUUGCAUACACCACAGUCUUGAAACCAAAAGAAGUCUCGAUCCAUCCUUCGAAUCGAGGAGGACAGAUGCGCAACCACUUUGAUGCGAUUACAAAAGGAAAAUCCCGCUGCCAGGUAGGGUGGAGCCUUCAGAAAGUGGGGCCUUCAGUAUGUGUGGAAUUGCCCAUUGAGAGCAAGAAGAGGUCACAAAUCAUUGAGUGCAAUGAGACUCUUGCAUCCACUUCUGGUGGCAUGCUUCCCAUGCCAAGUGGCAAGGAAAGAGUGCGCAGCCUUUCCACCAGCCACACCUGUACAUUCCUUCGAUGUCUAGAGAAUGGAUGCAAAAUGGAUGGUGGUGAUGACCUUGCAGGUGGCUCCCAUCUUUCACUAGAGCAGCUGAUUGCCAAAGGUGAUGAUCUUGGGAGAAUGCUCACAGAAGGGUGGGAAGGGUGUGUGGUCAAAGCGCAGGUGGAAGCUGAGGUGCCUGACUUCUGUUGCUUUUUGCAGGCUGCAUACAAUAGUGAUCAUGCCAUUGUCAAACCUCCAAAUGAACUGGAGGUUGCAAUGACAAUUGCUCACAUCUUCCAGAUGCAGCCUGCAGACAAGAAGGAUCUUGCAAAGCCAGUUGCCCAAGCUGCUGCAGGGAUGCCUCCAUGCAGAAACUACAUCAAGAGCAUUGGGGACUUUGUAGCUUCCUAUGCUGGUGGUGAAUCCUUCCAGCUCUUGAGGUACUUGGACUUCAUGUGUUGCUCAGUGGCAUUGAUGCAAAAGGUUGAUACCAAUGCAGGGCUCUCGUGGUGGUGGUGGAAGAAGGGGCUGGAUUGGGGAAGAUGGAAGGACACCACUGAGCUUUGGCAUGUGGUUUGA